GAUAGAUUUUCCACCGUCUACACCGUCGUCGAUGUCGCAGGGCGUAUAACGAUGCGCUUGUAAAACGCGACCGCCCCGUGUGUUUUUUCUUUUCUUCACAUCAUCAGACACGAGACUCGUUCACGCUCGUUUUCCGAAUCGGUCUCGGUCCGUGUCGAGGUCGACCAGCGAGCAACCAGCGAGCAGAGGAAGCUUGCGAGCAUCGUUCGAGAGCAGGCAAGCGACGAACAAGCACCAAAAUGCCUGCCAUCUACAAAAGAGAAGCGGAGAAGGUUCCGGAAGAACCGCAACCGCAACCGGUGGAAGAGAUGCUUGAGUCGACGCUAGAGACUUUUGUGAACACGGAGGAGGAAAUAAAAGAAGUUGGCACAGAAGCGGUGACCGAAAAAGAAACAUUGGAGACUCAAAUGGAGAAUCUCGGCGUUGAGCUCGCGGAGGAAAUGGGAAUACCAACAUGGGCACUCGUAGCGAUCCUAAUAGCCGUAGGCGUAGUAGUUCUCGGAAUCUGCUUCUGCUGCAUCAGGAGAUGCUGUCGCAAAAGACGAUCCAAGGACGGGAAGAAAGGGCUGAAGGGUGCGGUAGACCUCAAGUCCGUGCAGCUAUUAGGCAGCACGUACAAGGACAAGGUCCAGCCGGAUAUGGAAGAACUGACUGACAACGCCGAAGAACCGGAUGAAGCCGAGAGUAAGCAAAGCGAGGUGAAACUUGGAAAACUUCAAUAUAAGCUCGAAUACGAUUUCAACACGAAUAGCUUGGCAGUGACUGUGAUACAAGCCGAGGAACUACCAGCUUUAGACAUGGGUGGCACUUCCGAUCCUUACGUCAAGGUUUACUUGCUACCGGACAAGAAGAAGAAAUUCGAAACGAAAGUGCACAGGAAAACGCUCAAUCCGGUCUUCAAUGAGACUUUCACGUUCAAGAGCGUAGCAUACGCAGACGCUAUGAACAAGACGCUUGUCUUCGCGAUCUUCGACUUCGACAGGUUCUCCAAACACGACCAGAUCGGUGAAGUGAAGGUUCCUCUGUGCCAAGUCGAUCUGGCUCAGACAAUCGAGGAAUGGAGAGAACUACAGAGCGUUGAGGGCGAAGGGGGCCAGGAUAACAAAUUGGGUGACAUUUGUUUCUCGCUACGUUACGUGCCCACGGCUGGUAAAUUAACGGUGGUCAUCCUGGAAGCGAAAAAUCUGAAGAAAAUGGACGUCGGUGGCCUGUCGGAUCCUUAUGUAAAGAUCGCUUUGAUGCAAAAUGGCAAAAGAUUGAAGAAGAAGAAAACGUCCAUCAAGAAGUGCACUCUUAAUCCGUAUUACAACGAAUCGUUCACAUUUGAGGUACCCUUCGAACAGAUACAGAAAGUGCAAUUGGUUGUCACGGUAGUCGACUACGAUCGUAUUGGCACCUCAGAACCCAUUGGGAAGGUCGUCUUGGGGUACAACGCGAGCGGAACAGAAUUGAGACACUGGUCCGACAUGUUGGCAUCCCCGAGACGUCCUAUCGCUCAAUGGCACACGCUUAAGGACCCCGAAGAUGGAGACAAGAAGGAUUAAGAGAUCGUUGAGAGAUGUCCAGCAUAAAGGUAAUGCACACCAAAUGGUUCUAAGCAGAUGCGACAAAUGUACAGAAGCAUUAUCUUGUUUCGUUUCGUUCCAUUCCGUUUUUGCUUUCGCCCCCAUCUGAUAAACUCUAUACAUAUAUAUGCACAUAUGUAUAUGUAAAACAAAACGCAUCUACAUACACAUACAUAUAUAUGUAUACGUACUUUCCAACGAUAUCCGUGGACGUUGUACCGUAACGAGAAUGCAGGAUUUUUUCUGAACAAAAGGAAGAAAGGAAAAGCUAGAAAGAGAAAGAAAUGAAAGAGGUGCGGAGGGGAAAGAAAUUGAAGGGAAAGAAGCGGGGAUGCGACCAUCUCCCCGAUGUAAUCGAUCGACUUUAUUCGAAGAAAAAAAUAAUCCGUGCACGAGAAUAAAAGUGAAAUAUAUAGAUGUGAGAGAAAGACAGAGCGAAAGGGUGGGAGAGAGUGUGAGCGAGUAAAGUACGAAGAGAAAGAGAAAAAAAAAUUACAAGAAACAAAGGAAAUAUACUUUAGUAGAUAUUAACGAUCUAUUAUUAAAACUAAACAACAAUAAAAUACCAUCAAGAAAGGUUUUAGUAUUAAAUAAUAAUAUGUUCUCAUGGAGUGUAGCGUCUUGUAUAUACGUAUUAUCUACCAUUACCUUUUUCUGUAGAUGUAACAAUUGAACGAUCUUCAAGUAAACGCGUCCUCUUCGAGGUAUCUCGAGACGAAGCAUUGAAUACUUUUUGCAAAAGAUGUCCUGACUUCCAUAUACGAACUCCGAUCGAUAGUCUGCAGAAUAUGUUUCCUUUCUUGCCAUUUUUAAUUGGUGGUAACAUUUCAUAAGAUGUUUUAUAUAAGAUAUUAAAUGCUGUUAAUCUUAUUAGAUAUUAUAUAUUUAUAUAUAUAAACAUAUAAAUGUAUGCUAUAUAUUCUAUGUAUAUAGUAUACGCGGAGAUAUAUAUAGACGUAUAAUGUGUAUACGGUGUAAAUUGUGUAUUGAAUUGCGUGAGUUAUAAUAGCAGUACAAUUUUAUUUAAGGAAAAUGUUGGCGAUGCUUUGUAUUUACCGAUCGAUAAUACAUGUUCAUGUAAAAGAUUCGUACGAUUACAGUUACGAUUGCAUUAUAAUCGAUACGAGUAACAGAGUAACGAAAUAAGAUAAUUUCAUUAUCGUUUGACCGUCGUUGCAUUAUUUGUUUCAUACGAGUAACACGACCUUUUAUAUCUUUAUUGCCUAUAUUUAAUUAACAGUCGUUUCACUUUCGCUUGGACCACGUAACUAACUAACCAUGGAGACUACGAUCGAAUUAGUUUCGUGCAAAAAAGACAAUGCUUUCGAUCGCGAUAGCUUCGUAAAGUAACGAUCUUAGAUUAUGCGUUAUCUGUACAGGGAACUCAGCCGAUCGAAGCGAAUCGACAGAUCGGCGGGAAAUUCAAAAAUUUCUUCCAAUAAGAGAAACGAAACGUAUAUGCUUAAACACGGUCUCGCUCGCAGCGAUGUGCCACAGUAGUUCUUGUUGCAGCAGCAUCCUUCGAUUAUAAUAUAUUCUUACUAGUAUCUUUUCGUAAUUUCCUUACUUUAUGAACAAAACUGUUAUAGUCGAUGGUUGCGAAUGGUGCUUCGUUUGCGAGUGAAUUGGGGCAAAAUUAAGAGACGUUUCGAUCGUUGAGUUCUUGAAAUUGAAUCUGCGCAAUUGCCAGUGAAAUCGAGCAUAGCGCGAAAUAAAUGGCAUGUCUCGAUCCGUAUACGCUCGAUUUCCCCUCGAUUCCGCAUGUUCAUCCCGAGUAUACAUACGCGUGUACGUGAAACUGUAAACAUAUUGGUAUAUAUACAUAUUAUAUAUACAUUUACCACGUGUUAUAUAUGCAGAUAUUGUUAUUGUUUUUCGAUAUGUAACGGGCCUACCGAUUGUAUAACUUACGUUAUCGUUCCGUUAAACUAUUUCUCGGAUAAUAAACAUAAGAGGUUGGAAGGAAACUAAACAAAACAGAGUAGUGACGAGUUCACGGUGAUUCUCUAUGUAUCUUGGAAAUUGGAAAAAAAAAGAAAAUAAAAGAAGGAAACACGGUUCGAAGAGAAAAACACGUAUAUCCAUGAUACAUACGUUUCAAAGCAAACUUAACGAAAUAAUUACGAGGACGUCCCGAGAUUUAACAAAGCAUUAUUAUUAUUAUUAUUAUUAUUAUUAUUAUUAUUAUUAUAAAUAUAUAUUAUAUACUAUAUGUAUUCUUCGAGAAAAGAUAAAAUCAAUUGUUAGAAAACUAACUUUAUACAGUAUUAACUGAGUUUGACUGCUAUAAAAAAAAAAGGAAAUUCAUAUAUUUUAUUGCAUCGUUGACCUUGAAGCUUCGAAUUUGACUGAAUGAAAAGAAAGAAAACAGGUUGAUAGAUACAAUAAACGUAGCGUUUUUUUGCGUGUGACACGUGUCCCGAGAACUAACGAAGGAAGAACACGUUGUUAAAAGCCCACACGAGAGAAACUUUCCUCGAUGAAAACGAUAACUAUUUCCGUCAGUCUAAAUCGACAGCUAUCUACAUAUAGUUUGUGACUUAUAGUGAAUGAUGAAAAAAAAAAAAGAUACCCAAAUGUAAACGGGCCUUAACGCUUUUUCGAGUUGUCCUUCCCCACACUACUCAUCGCCGAAGAUGCAUAGAAAACUUUGUAAAUAUCACGCCAUGAACAUUUCAAAGACACUAAUAUUUGAUAAUCAUAUAUAAGUCCAUUUGGGUUAUGUUCUCAUGAUAGAAACUAGACGUCAUUUGAUUCUCAAUACGAUUCGAUGUUUCUUUAUUUCGUGUCCGUUCAACGUAGUACAGUGUACUCUACGAUUCGCCUAAUGACAACAAGUAAAACAAAAAGAUAUUUGCACGCAAAUCGACCCGCAUUAAUCAUGUAACGAUAUCAUUACUAAUAACGACAUUAGUAAUAACGUUAACUAUACGUACAUAUAUAAAAAAGAAAGAAGAUAAUGUAUCGUGAGAAGAAGAAUGUCAGGUGUAUUUGAAGAUUUCGUAAAGGUUAUGAUUCACAUGAUCGUUACGAAAUCCUGCGUACGUCACGCCUGUUCGAGUUCGAAUACGAAACGUGUAUAAAAAGAAACGAAAGAAGAUAGAUAUCAAGGUAAAAAUCUCGAAACAAAACACGGAUUUUCCUCCGUACGUUUCCAAAAUCUUACAUGCUAUUCCAGUGAUAUAUCUACCUGCUAUGUAUCGGUUAUAUCAUACAAACUAUAAUACGAAAAACCCAAACGAAUUAUCGAUUGUUGAUGACACCUAAUAAUAUUAAGAAUCGAGUUGGUGUUGCUUGGAAUUUAACGUGAAAAUAUUCCGCUCUCGGCAUUCAAAUACUUAACCGCAUUACAUUUCGAGCAACACUAGCUUACCAAAUACAGCAAAUAUCUGUGAAUCGAAUUCACGAAUAAACAGACUUCUCUUGAUUCGGUUAAUCCUCUGUACGUUGCAAGAUAAAAAGAGAACGAAUAGAAACCUUUAAUUAGAGACGCAUAUGCAUAAAUUCGCAUUAAGGAUAGAUCCACUUCGAAGCCCGUGUGUUUAUCGCAUGUACUACUUGCGGAGAAGAACUUGAUAAUUUAGUCGUUGAUUCAUUUCUGACAAUUAAUUUCGGUUGAAUGUAACGUUUAUUAUAUUGACGUAAUUUUAGUAUAACAUUAACUUCAUAAGAAGAGAAACGAAACAAAUAUAACAUCACAGUUUCGUGUGUAUAAUUCAUUUCUAUCUCUGGGCCCUUUAAAGGGGUUGUUGAAAGACUCGAUGCCAGAAUACGAUCGCCGAGCAGAAUAUCUAGUCCAGACAGCAAAGUACAUUAAGUCAUUCGAAAUAACGACGCAUAAUACGUACAUCUUUGCCGACUAAGUUGAUCAAUGUUCGAUAAAUGUAUUAUGCGUUGGCAUAAAACUUGUAUUUAGGUUGAAAACUGCAUUUACUAUCCGAUGUGUCGAACGUGCGUAUAUCAAACACUGUUUUGAGCUGCUUUCAUUUACAUGCUCGUUAUAAUUUUUUUAAGCGACAAAAACGUGUCGAGCUUACAUACAAUCGUCAUGUAGAUGGUAUCCGUGAAACGCUGAGAAAAUAUAUAAAUUGCAAGAGUAUUCUAUCGAUAGUUUAUGGAAUCGCGACUGUAAUAGCGAUUUUGAUUAUCUACAGAUAGUUCGAUAGUUCAUGGCACCACUAAUACAGCGUUUCAGUCGGCAAAGUAGUACGCGUUGAUUCAUACGUGCAUCGGCGUAGGAAAAAAAGGCAGUUGUUAAAUAUACAUAAAAUCGAUCAUUGAAAAUAACAUAGGAAGUGUAGAAUAGAGGUGUGUAAGUGUAGUCGUAACGUAGAGAGCGCAGAUUCUUAGAUUAUAUCAUACCAAUCUUCUGGAUCCUGAAGUCGAAGUCUUUCUCUGAGAUCGAAAUCAGGAUCUGGCAUUCUUAUCGCGCGCGAACAGCGCUUGACACACAUGAUCACUAAACACUUAACCAAAACUUGGUUCUAUCAUUUGUUCAGGACCAAUUAUCAUAAACGAUUAUAUCGACAGCAUGUUCGAGUCAUGUUAUUAAUGCAGCAUUGUACUUAAAAAAAGGAAGAACUUUAAUGAGGAAAUUAAGAAGGGUUUACUGUAAAAAAAAAAAAAUAAAGAAAGAAAAAAGAGAGAGAUAAGCGCCGCGAGCACCCGGCAUCGAUCGAGAAGCUACGACGAGCGCUUGUAUGUACAAGAAACGAAUGUUGUUCGUUCUUUUUCUCAAGGUAUAUCCUAUCGGUUUGUUUCGUCUAGCUUUUACAUAAAUGUUAAACGAAACGUCAGAUCGAAAAGUCUCGACGGAAUAAUAACGCGGACAGUUGAGACGAAUGUUGAAAUUAUAAGUUCUAUAAACGAAAAUAACAUUGAAAUACAACGUUACUUUUUAAAUCA